AUGGAUCCGUUCAGCUUGACUGUUGGCGCUUUAGGUAUAGCUGGGGCAGCGGUGCAGAGUAUUCAAGCAUUAAUCCACGAGAUCCAGGCCAUCAAAAGUGCACCAGAUGCGAUAGCUGGUCUCAAGGACGAACUGACGGGUGUGGAGGCCGUUCUUCUGGCCCUGAAUAAUGCGCACGAGAACUCCCAGCUCGAACACCUCACGCCCGACGUGAAGAAGGCCCUGUCGUUGGCCAUCAUGCAUUGUCAAAAGGCCUGCAGUGACUUUCGCACAAAGAUAGCACGUUGGACGAAGCGCUCGGGUGAUAAGAUGCACGUGUGGGAUCGUGUGCAUGUCGGCUUAUUCGCUGAACGAACUAUUGAGACUCUCCGUGAGCAGCUCAACCGCUACAAAUCUACCAUGGACACAGCAGUCAGCGCCGCAAUCUUGCUUUCGAUCGCAGGCUCAUCCCCCAUCGUUGACACGAUUCAAAAAGACCUUCGUACCAAGGAAACUGAGAUCGCUCAGGAGAUCAUCGAGAUUGACAAACAGAAAGUCGUGGCGGCAUUGGCCUUGCAUAAGAUGACAGAAGUGCAGCUCUUGGAUGACCGUCAAGGUGGCGCCGAAGUCAUUGAGCAACUCCAACAUCAACGUGCUGCAAUAGAUGAUUCUCGAAAGCUCUUAGAAAGCCUGCUCGCGGAGGCCCACCAAAUGCGUACAGGGCAAAAGAUUACCAGUGUCGACAUGAGUGACGGUGGCAGGCUUCUUGUCGGUCUCAUCAAUUGCGACAAUGACAACGGAGAGGUUCACCAGGAAAUUCACAAUGUCAAAGCCACAAACCACGGCAAGGGGGUUGUGGGAAUAGCCAAAGGCUUUGAUGUUAAUGCGUUCUUCAACAACUAG